AUGCCCCCGGGGACCUUGAAGAUGAGGAGUGACAGAGCCGCCGCGGUUAGGGCGACGCCGCACGAGAUCAAUGCCACCGGCAGCUUCGCCGCGUUUUGGCUGGCAUCAGACAUCAGCUCCGUCAAUCUGACCGCCGGGAUGGCCAUUUCUUUGUGUGAUUCAGUGCGUGUGGACUGUGAUGCCGGGAACCCGGGGCUGCUAAUUUCUGCACCCGAGGGAGUGGAAGUGGAAAUGGAAAUGGAAGGAAAGAUCGACCUAGCUGCUGACCUGUACAUGCCGGGUACCCGGCUGCUCUACGUGUGGUUGGACACCUUGGGAAGGCAUUUGACCGUGCUCUUGGCAGCAGCUCUACUUGUUUGUAUCGUAGGCAGCAAGAUAUUAUGCCCUUGUAGAAAGUGUGUAAACUCAUUUUGGAAAGAGGCAAGUGAAGUCCGUGAGCACUUGAUAUGUGAUGGGUUUCUAAAAGGGUAUAGAACAUGGAACUUACAUGGAGAAGCUAGCUCUUCUGUGAAUCAUGGGAAUUGUGAUGCUGCUGAGGUCAUAGAGGAUUCUAGUGAGGAUGAUGAAAUAUUUGAUUUGCUUAGAGACUUAGAUGCUGGUCUAGAUGAUAGAGGAGAUUUUGAGGACAAUAGUUCAACUUUGGAAACUUGUCCUGAACUAGUUGCCCUUCAAAAGUUGGUAGCAGAAAAUAGCAAAGAGCUAUACCCAAAUUGCAAGAAAUAUACACAGCUAAGGUUCCUAAUUAGAUUGCUCCGCAUCAAACUCCUUGGAGGAUGGUCUGAUAGAUCUAUGAACCUACUACUAGAUCUACUUAAUGAUGCACUCCCUGAGGGUUCAAAUCUACCUAGAAACUUCCAUGAAGCUAAGAAAUUGGUAAAAUCCAUUGGAGUUGGUUACAACAGUAUUCAUGCUUGUCCAAACGAUUGUGUUCUCUACUGGAAAGAGAAUGUGGAUUUAAAUGAGUGUCCAAAAUGUGAGGUUUCUCGAUGGAAAUCAGAUAGGAAGAGUCUAGAUGGGAGACAUGUGUAUAAGGUUCCUAAGAAGAGCCCAAGGUCUACAGAAAAUGUUGAUGCACAUCAUCAUGAUGCUCAUUUCGAAGAAGAUGAAGAUUAUGGAGAUAAUGAAGACCAUGAUGCAUGUCCCGAGGAGGGUGAAUACUUGUUUGCACGGAGGUGUCUUGCAGCCCAUACUAAGCAGUUUCAUCAACAUAGCCCCACUAGUGCAGCCCAUACAGUGCAGACCCAUGCAACCUCACCCCAUCAGUGCGCCCCCAACGAUACAGCCCAUGUUGCGCAGCACCAUGCACCCUUGUCUAGUCACCGCUUCCCCAACAAUGCAGCCCCUACAGUCCAGCACGGUGCAGCACAUGAAGAGCAGCCCCAUGCAACCUCGUUUCGUCAGUGUAUCCCCAGCAACGUUCUUCCUGCAGUGCAGCACGAUGCAACCCAUGAAGUGCAACCCGAUGCAGCAAAACGAGCAAAGCCAGUGCAACCCCAAGUUGGAAUGAAUGUGAUGUUAUAUGAGGUGGUGAGAUCCAAUGCACGUGUGGCUCUGGGAACAAUUAUUUCAACAAAUCCUAAAACCAUUAUUGGAGGUGUACCUCUUGGAAAGCAAUAUUGUGAAGUUGUUGUGAAUCAUGUGCUGAAAAGGGACGCAACUCUGCCUCGCACUUAUCCUGGUGUUUAA